GCUGCGACUGCUGUUCAGCAGCCGGGACCUCAGCCAGGUCAAGUCCUACCUGCUGCGCCAGUGGACCAAGAUGCUAUCCAAUCGGGUGUCACUGCAGGACUUUGUGUUCGCAAAGGAAGUCAGGCUCGGCACCUACUCCUCCAACGCCGCCACCGUCCCCCCCGCCGCAAUGGUGGCUGCCAAAGCCAUGGCGGCCGACCCACGGGCCGAACCGCGGUACGGCGAACGAGUGCCGUACGUGGUCGUGUACGGCGAGCCCGGGGCGCGGCUGGUGGAUGUGGUGGUGUCUCCGCAUGUGUUGGUGGAGAGUGGCGGGGGGUUGCGACUGAAUGCGACGUACUACAUCACCAAGCAGAUCAUACCCGCGCUGGAUCGGG